AUGGAAUUUCCUUCAUACAAAGUCAUCACACUAGGUAGCUACGGAGUCGGCAAAACCUGCUUACUCAUCCGAGCCACAGAAGAAAACUGUGUCUUUUCUUCAAACUACAUGACAACAAUUGGGGUGGAUUUCAAAACUAAGCUUCACAACUACAAUGGCCAGUUUUUCAAACUCAUGAUUUGGGACACUGCUGGCCAAGAGCGAUUCCACCAUAUAAACCGAUUAUAUUAUAACGGUUGCAACGCUGUGAUCCUAGUCUACGACAUCACAAGUCUUUUUUCAUUCGAAAAAGUCCCCACAUUCCUUGACGAUUACAACAAAAACACAGAUGGGAGUUCAGCUGUGAUCCUAGUUGGGAACAAAAGUGACUCCUUAAAUCGACAAGUCUCCUACGAGCAAGGCAAAACCCUUGCAAACCAACUAGGAAUUCCAUUCAUAGAAUGCUCAGCUUACACUGGGGAAAACGUAAAUCAACUGUUCGAUAUUCUGAUCCAGCAGCUCACAAAAGACAAUAAACUGCCGACGCCAGCAGCAAAACAAACAUUUGUGGUAUCGAAAACGAAGAAGAAAAAAUCCUGUUGCUAA